GUUUAGUUUCAGAAUUAAUUGUAAUCAGCACAGCACAACGCAGCUCGCUAGAAAUGAAGUGCGCAAUUGAAAUCGCCAGCAUUUUUUUGUGUUUCUUGGUAGCUGGAAUUUGGGCGCAGGAUGUAAAGCCAGAGCGGCCAGUAGAUAUUAGGCCAACCAUUCCAACUACUACAACAACAGAAGCAACAACUUUACCUGACACAACAGAGAAAUCAACCAUACCAACAACAGAAUCCACAACAACAGAAGCUACUACAACAACAGAAUCUAGUACAACUACAACAACAAAACGCCCUACAACUAUAGUUACAGUACCCACUACAACCUCAACAACAGAACCAACCACAACAUCAACAACACAAAGGGUACCAAUAUAUCCGCACUACCGACCUCCCCACGUGCAACCCACAGACUCUACUAAGAAGCCUUGGUUCGUAAUGGAACCGUUGGAAAGGUGUUUUCUGAGAAACCAACUGGAGUACAGUACUUGCUGGCGAAACCCCCCGACGUCGAGCUGUUAUCACUGCUGUUACUAUUACGACAACCACAUCACCGAAUGUAAUAAGAUCCACCAUGGGCCUUGUUGGUGGUAUGAUUAUAGGCAGUUAAAAGUUCAUGUAAAUUGGAAAAAAGUGUAAUAUAAACGAAAUUGAACUGCAAACGAAAUAAAACAAUACAGCUUUCAAUAUAAGGAUGAUCGAAA